AUGCCAUCACAGACAUUCUACCUCAGAGGCGAAGAUGCCUCCACCGCCAAAGCUAUUGAAGUCGAUGCUUCUCAGAGCUUGGAGGACUUGAAGCUCUUGAUUGCUGCUCAUUUUGCCAUUACCGACCCAAGUGGCAUUGAUUUCCUAGGUCAUGAUGCUGCUGCUGUUCUCACAGAGACCUCGGAAAUCGCCACCACAGCUGGUCCGGUGGCCAUAACGAUCGAUGGGCACGCUGCUCGUGAGCCUCCAAGUCCCCGAAAAUUGCCCUUCUUUGGCAACUUUUUCGAAGUCUAUCCCGAUCAUCUUGGAAAUCACCAGCGACUUUUUGAACAAUUCGGGCCCGUUAUCAAAACCACCAACAUGGGUCGUACCACCUACCAAACAAAUGACCCUAAGAUCGCAGCUAUUGCCUUUGCUGAAUCAGAUUUCUUCACGAAGAAGAUUAAUGAAGCUCACCCACUGUAUGCCUUGAAGAACGAUUCCGCCGGCGUCUUCCUCGGUGACACAGACACUGAGGAGUGGCGAGUCGCCCACAAGUUCCUGCCGCCAGCCCUAGGACCCAAGGCUGUGCGUCACUAUGCUCCAACAAUGCAGAAGACUGUCGAGGAUGCAUUCACCGUGUUUGAUCAUUUCGAUGAGCAAGGCGAAGCAUGGAAUGUUUAUAUGUUUAUGCUGAAGCUAGGCUCUCAGGCCGUGGGAAAGCUUACUCUGGGCUUGGACUUUGAACACUUCAGUUCUCCAGAUGCUCCUCUCCAUGAGAUGGUCCACAGCAUUGCCGAAAUGCUCUCCUUGAAUAAGAAAGUCACGUCCAAGGGUGAUUGGUACAACUAUCUGCCCUUUGGCGACCCUAAGCGUCUCCGUGGCCUGAAAGCUCGCAUUGAAGAGAUGGUUGGCGAAUCAAUCCAAAGCGCCACGCGAGGUGGUGUCGAGGACCUUCCUUUACAAGACGCUGCUUUAAAAGCAGACAACAUGGUCGACUAUGCAGUUCGUGCCGCCGAUAACAAGGGCCAGAAGCUGCCCGAGUCGAGCUUAGUAUGGGCUCUUGUCGUUGCUACAGCAGCAGGGUUCACCACCACGAGCUCCCUUCUCUCAUGGCUCAUCUACGGUCUUUGCGUGUAUGAUGGGAUGCAAGAGAGGCUCCUUCAAGAGCUGGUUGACCAUGGCUUUGACGAGAACACGCAGAUGACCGCGGAUCUAACAGAUAAGCUGGAGUUUCUCGACAAGUACAUCAAAGAGACCCAGCGGCGUCACAAUCCCUCCUUCCAGCCAGGGCGCACUGCCAAAUGUGACCUUAUUCUGCCCGGGGGUUAUAAACUGCCUAAAGAUUCAGUAAUCAUCCCCGCGCUUCACCAUAUCCACAACAACCCGGAACUCUGGGACAACCCUGCUCGCUUCAACCCGGAUAGGUGGGAUACCGAGGAGGUCAAGAACAGACACAAGGCUGCCUAUAUCCCGUUUGCCACGGGGCAGCGCAUGUGUAUAGGAUUCAACUUUGCCCUUCAGGAAAUCAAGGUCUUCUUGCCUAAGCUUAUCUACCGCUAUAAGUUCAGUCGGGAAGGGGACGGUCCAAUUGAGUACGACCCAAUGUUCCAAUUGAUCAGACCGAACAAUCUGUAUGUUCGUGCAGAGAGGAGGGUCAAGUGGCCUCCCAGGUCAAACAAGAGCACAGCUGUUUGA